UAGCCAAGUUACGCUAAGUAAAAUCAGCUACAAAAAAAUAUAUACGCAAAUUGUUGAAAUUACUUUUUUUGCACAGAAAAAUAGAAACAAGUUAAAGCUCCGCGAUCGAGCCGCAACCGGUUGCUUUUGUGUUGGUGUGAUUCAUGUGCCGUACAGAGGGGCGUUAAGUGUGCGUGUGCGUCUGCAUGUGCGUGUGUGUGCAUAGGCGUGGGGAGCGGGGAGUACCCAUACUAGCUGGAGCCAGUCGACUGCCAACGACAGCGAGCUGCGCUCAGUCGACAACAGAAACCAGAACCAGAAAGAUCAAUUCGCGGGGUCUCUGCGAGCGCGUCGAGUGCCACUGAACUUGGAUGAAUGUUGAGAAAUCGAAACUGUUACUGGAUGCUAAUACCUAUGUAAAUUGUGCGCGUGUUGAAAUUCAAAUUCAAAUUUAAACUUAAAUUCAAAUUCAAUUGAAAGUAAACGAUUUAUUCAACAUCGAUAUAAACAAUUGUUAUUAUUGAUUGUGCAGUCAAUUGUCGAGAGAUAUUUAUUUAUUUGCGAAAGCAAACGCGGAAACGUUAGUUUAUUUUACAAGCCAAAUAGAAGCAGAAAAAUAUCGCAAAAGUCAAAUACUAUUUGUGUAAAACAUAAAUAAACAUUUGUGUCCGAGCACUGCUAAAUAUAUGAAUUUAUAUAUGCAUCAAGCUUACUUCAGCUCAUAUACAACAAAAACGAUGACAGCUGCGAGAGGGCCGACAAUGCUGCUAUUAAUUGCACUAUUCAGUGUCUAUGCGAGCGGGACACACGGGCAGUCCUACCUGUUAACCUUGGAGAACGUACUAGCGCGACAACUGCCAUACAAUAUAACGAGCGUGAACGGCACCAGCGAAACUGAUCUGUUUGCCGAGCAAGUGGAUAAUAACACAAGAAUAUUUGUCUAUAAAAAUAUCGUAGACUCCGACAACGAACUAUCUCAGACGGCUAUGGAUGUGAUUACCAUUGUUUGGUAUGUGGCUACAUUUCUGGCUUUGGGUGCUUUCUUUAUGCUGAUGGCUUGUUCGGAUCGCAGAUGCCGCGAUAUGCGUAGCCGGCAGCCAAAUGCCACGACCAAUGAGGCACAACGUGCCCCGCCCACACCGUCACCAUCAUACAGCGAGUUUGCACCGCCCAGCUAUGAUACAGUUAUCAAAAUGCAGCAUGCGGCCAAGACAAGCAUCUUCGUCAUACCAUUCAACAGCGAGAAUAAGGCCAAUGAUGAGUUGAAUGUGACGCCAGUAUGCGCUGCACCCGCCAGUAUCUAUACAAUUGACGAACGACCCAAGGCACAGCAAUGAUAAGGCCUUUCGCUUUUAGCCCGCAUUGGGGCUGUAUAAUUAACUGCUCUGUGAUAUUUAUCUGGUGCCCAUUCAAAAUGCCCUCGUUUUGGGUAAAAGCAAGCAAAACGACGUGGCCAAUUUGUUAGUGCAGCGCAAACUAUGUAUUAUAAUAACUAUGUUGUAUUGUAGCAAAACUUUAGCAUUAAGUGAUUUAUAUUUAACUGUUUAAGAAGACUGAACGACAGAAUAUCCGUACAUAUUUUGCAGUAGUCCAUUGAUUAUGAUGUUUUAGCUUAGGUAACCUAAUAAAUUUAAAAAUUGU